GUCAUAGGCAUCACGUUUACCUUGGUUGCUGUUGGUUGCCUUUUGAUCGUCUUGGUACCUCGGUCCUUUGGUCUCCCUCGGGUUUUUUUCUCUGUUCAAGAAGUUCUCGGCCUUUUGGAAGAUCAAAGCGCAGCGCUGCUUCUACCACGAGACUCGGGCAUUUCUGCCAUUUCGGUUCUCUGUGCUGUUGGGUGAUGGCUGCUGAACUAGGAACCGUUCAUUCAGCAUGAACCCCUCAAACCUGAACCUGACCGCCCGGCCGGGCUGCGGCACGGGAGCCCUGGUUGGCCAGCCGGGCCUCCCGGCGUACUGCACCGCAGCGCUGGUCCCGUGCACAGCGCAAGGACCCCUAGUGGGAGGGCCGCAGGGGCCUCUGGUGGCCGGGUCUGCCUGGACGACGGCCGUGUCCGGCGGGGCGGCCCAGUACCGACCAGCCGGGUCGUACGGGGCCGUGGCCGCCCGCGGCUACGGGGCCGGCGUCUUGGCGUCCCAGGGGCAGCUCACGCUGCACGCCGCCUCCGCCCAGUGGAGCUCGGCUUCCUGCGUCUCUGUGAUGCCUCUGACCCCCCUGUCUGGUCCGUACACAUAUCCUGGUCCGGCACUGCAGCAAUUUGCACCCCAGCCUUACCCCGGGUGUACCUCGGUGCUGCCCAGCUGGAGGCCGGAAGCGACGCACGUGACAGGAAGCAGCAGCUCGGAGCGGGACCGCGACAGAGGAUCACGUCGAUGCCGCGACAGGUCGAGGGAGGGCCGCCGGAGCAGAGAGGGCCGUUCCCCGCGCCGGAGUUCCCGCGAGCGUCACGGCCACUCCUCGAGGAGCCGGAGCGGGCACGGGAGCCGCCCGAGGCACCGAGAGCGCCCGCGCUCGCCGGGACCCCAGAGGCGCCGACGGUCUCGCGGCAGCGGCGAGAGGGGGUCCGUAUCCCCGGACGAGAGGCCACUGCCCCCCGCCCGGCCCAGGGAGCGCCCGUCCCAGGAGAGGAGGAGGGAGGGAUGCGCCAGGAGGACACCCAAGGGCCCCAGCCGGGACGCUUCGCCGCCUCAGCCUGAAGGCGAUGCCUCGGACGAGGGCUCCUGUCCCGUGGCUCAGGAGGAGGAGGAAGAGGACUUCUUGUCGGAGUCUGCGCGAUGGAUCCGCUGCAGCCCAGCCGACCUCUACUACCAACGGGACGAGAAGGUGCCGGGGCUGGUGACGGGCACAGCGAAGCUGCACGCCCUCCAGGAGCGGUUCCGCCUGGAGCUGGUGGAGAGGGCAGCUGUGGCCAGAAGCAAACAAGAGCCCUACCAGCCGCCCCCGCGCAGGAGCAAGCUCUGCAACCCCAAGUCACACCCCAUUGCCAAUCCCGGGAGCAGCGACUCGUCCAGCAAUGAGUCGGAGUCCGACGAGGACAACGCCAUGGAGGAGCUGGAGGUGAAGAAGAAGCACCCGUACAGGCUGCACCCCGAGCUCUGGUUCAACGACCCCGGAGAGAUGAACGACGGCCCGCUGUGCCGGUGCAGCGCCCGUGCCCAGCGGUCGGGCAUCCGGCACGGCAUCUACCCAGGCGAGGGACCCCUGGCCCCCUGCGACCCCAACACCAACAACGUGGGGCGCCUGCACCACUACCGCAUCGCCGUCACGCCCAGGACCAACUUUAUGAUGAAGUGCCCGACGACCAUCCGGCACGACGGGCACGAGUUUGUCUUUGAGGGCUUCUCGAUGCUGUCUCACUGGGCGCUGCCCAAGCUGCCCACCUGCCGGGUGAUCCGCUUCAACAUCGAGUAUGCGGUGCUCUACCUGGAGGAGAAGUUCCCCGAGAACUUCACAGUGUGCGGGCUGGAGCUGCUCUCCCGCUACCUGUUCACGGAGGUGCUUGAGAUGCUCGACCUGGACUGGAGGGCCCACGGGGACCCGGAGGGCUGCCCCCGCUUCCACUUCAUGCCCCGCUUCGCACGCAAGCUCGAAGACAACGGCAAGGAGCUGCUGUCUCUGAACGUGGUGCUGCAGUACCUUCUGACGAGCAGCGUGCCUCUGGUGGCUGCCCCCGAGCUGCCCCGCCUCUGCAAGAUGUCCCAGAGCAAGUGGCAGGGCUUUGCUGACCAGGUGAAGGGCAUGAUAGUGGUGAAUCCCGGCAUGAAGCCCUGUGCCCUGCGGGUAGACCAGUUAGACCGAGAGCUGUGCGGGACGCAGGGCGGAGUCUUCCCUGAGAUCGUCCACUUUGGGAUACGGCCGCCCCAGCUCAGUUACGCCGGCAACCCCAUGUACCAGAAGGCCUGGCGGGACUACGUCAAGUUCCGGCACCUGCUGGCCAACAAGCCCAAGGUGCUGUACACGGACCGCCACAAGCUGCUCCAGAAGGAGGCCAAGCUGCAAGAGAUGCGGCUCAAGAGCAACCUGAAGAGAGAUGUGACGGUGGUGGUGAGCAGCGAGAACUUCUUCAGAACGGGAAUCAUGUGCGACAUUGUUCAGCAUGCUCUGCUACUUCCGGUUCUUGUGUGCCACCUGAGGUUCCACAAGUCUCUGGACUUCCUCGAGAGCAUCAUCGGGACAGAGUUCAAGGACCGAUACCUACUGCAGCUGGCCCUGACCCACCCCUCGUACCGGGAGAACUUUGGCACGAACCCGGACCACGCCCGCAACUCGCUGACCAACUGCGGCAUCAGGCAGCCCGAGUAUGGAGACCGCAGGAUCCACUACCUCAACACCAGGAAGAGAGGCAUCAACACGCUGAUCAACAUCAUGUCCCGCUUUGGGCGCCAGGAGGAGACGGCGUCGAGCAUCAGCCACAACGAGCGGCUGGAGUUCCUCGGGGACGCGGUGGUGGAGUUCCUGUCAAGCAUCCACCUGUUCUUCAUGUUCCCGGACUUGGAGGAAGGUGGUCUGGCAACCUACCGGGCAGCCAUCGUGCAAAACCAGCACCUGGCCGUCCUUGCCAAGAAACUGGAGCUGGAGAAGUACAUGCUGUACGCCCACGGGUCGGAUCUGUGCCACGACCUGGAGCUGCGGCACGCCAUGGCAAACUGCUUCGAAGCUCUCAUGGGGGCCCUGUUCCUGGACAGCGGCAUCAGGGUGGCCGACCAGGUGUUUUCCACCACCCUCUUCUCGGAGCCGGACCUGCUCGGGGUCUGGGUCAACUACCCGCUCCACCCACUACAGGAGCAAGUCCCGGAAGGUGACCGCAAGUGGAUCGACUCUGUGCCGCUCCUCAAGAAGCUGCACGAGUUUGAAGAGCUCACGGGCAUCGAGUUCACCCACAUCCGCCUACUGGCCAAGGCCUUCACUCACCGCAGCAUUGGGUUCAACAACCUCACCCUGGGUUCGAACCAGAGGCUAGAGUUCCUGGGAGACACGGUGCUUCAGCUGGUGGCCUCGGAGUACCUCUACAAGUACUUCCCCGAACACCAUGAGGGCCACCUUUCGCUGCUGCGGAGCUCGCUGGUGAACAACCGGACGCAGGCGGUGGUGUGCGAUGAUUUGGGCAUGGUGGAGUUCACCAUUUACCCUUACCCCAAGGGAGAGCUCAAGACCAAGGACAGGGCAGACAUCCUCGAAGCCUUCCUCGGGGCGCUGUUUGUGGACAAGGGGCUGGAGUACUGCAAUGCCUUCUGCCAAGUCUGCUUCUUCCCACGACUGCAGGACUUCAUCUUGAACCAAGACUGGAACGACCCCAAGAGCAAGCUGCAGCAGUGCUGCCUUACACUGCGCUCCAUGGACGGUGGCGAACCCGACAUUCCCGUCUACAAGGUAAUAGAAUGUAAGGGUCCCACAAACACACGGGUCUACACUGUUGCGGUGUACUUCAGAAGAAAAAGGCUGGCUACUGGCUCUGGUCACAGUAUUCAGCAGGCAGAGAUGGCCGCUGCUUCGAAGGCCUUGGAAGCGUCCAAAGAGUUGUUCCCUCAGCUGAGCCACCAGAGGAGGGUCCUGGAGAGGAGCCUGAAGCAGCGGGUGCCUGGCUCCAGGGAGUCGCACCAGCGGGGUCCUUCGAGCAGCAGACGACCCAGAGCAGAUUCUCCGGCAGGCCACAGCAGGUCAAGGGACUCAUCUAGAAGCACUCGUCGGGAAUCGCCCAGAGACCCUACCAGAAGCGGGAGGAGCUCUCACUCUCGGAAGAGCAUUGACAGCAGAAGAAGUCGCAGCGAAAAGGCGGAGGACAGGUCCAGACCAAGGGGACAAGACCACUGAUUGAAGACAACAUUACUAGAUAGGCAGGCUGGUUGUUAAUCGACAUACUAAAACCUGAGACGGAGGCAAAAUGUGAGGACAUACGCAAUGCCUCAAGCACAGCUACUAAAUUUUAUU